AUGUCUUCAGCAACCGCCACUUUGGUGACCCAGGAGGAGGCUUCGAGGCAAUCCGAGUCCAACACCCAAGGGAAGUCGGCUAUUCAAGCCAUCUCUCAGGGCCUCACCUUACCCGGUGUCCCGUCCUUUACAUCCAUCGACAAGAAGCGAAGAUGGAUGCUCGAGCACAUGGCGGGGGCCUUCAGAGUCUUUGCUCGCAAGGGGUUCUCCGAAGGGAUGAGUGGCCACAUCUCCUUGCGUGACCCGGAGCACCCGGACUGCUUCUGGACCAAUCCACUCGGUCUUCAUUUCGGCCUGGUCAAGGUGUCUGACCUUAUCCUUCUCAACCAUGCUGGUGAACCGGUAGGUGGCAAUCGGUCGCGCCCGGCCAAUGCUGCCGGAUUCCAGAUCCACGGCGUCCUACACAAGAUGUAUCCUCGGGUGAAUGCGGCGUGUCAUGCGCACUCUAAGCAUGGGAAAGCAUGGUCGACGUUCGCCAAGCCACUGGACAUGAUCAAUCAGGACGUCACCAUGUUUUAUGGCGACGCACAGGCAGUCUAUCCAGAGUUCGGGGGAGUGGUGCUGGAGACGGAGGAGAGCCUGCGCCUGGGCAGGCACUUAGGAGACAAGGGCAAGCUGUUGAUAUUACGCAACCACGGUCUCCUCACGGUCGGAGAGACGGUCGAUGAGGCGGCAUAUCUCUUCACCCUAGCCGAGCGGAGCUGCGAGAUUCAACUUCAGGUGGAUGCGGCUGCUGCUCAGGGUAUGGAGAAGAAGCUCAUUGAGCCGGAAGCGGCUGAGUUCACAUUCAAGAUGACCAGCGACCCCGAAGCGUUAUAUUGUGAGUUUCAGCCGGAUUAUGAAAUGGAGUUGGAACAGUCCAACGGGAGGUUUCUACAGUGA